GGAAGAUUCGAAUCGAACGUUCAUACACGCAGAGAAUACUGCAGCAACCAAUCAGCGGGCUAAGAAAGCGUGGAAUCGAACGUUGAGGCACCUCCGGCUUCCCCCUCUGCCCACCCCGAUUCUCUCCACAUGCUCCUCCCCUAGAUGCUGUUGUUUGUGGUGGUUUAGCUGCUGAAGAACUACGAGAGGGGAAGGGGAAAUAUCAACACAGCCUUGUUCCUGCCGACUGAAGCUAUAGAGGCCGAGAGGCGGCUUGGCUCGAACCCGGCGAGAGGACUAGCUUAAAGCCUCGGAGCAGAGAAAGGGCCUGGCAUUUCGGGCUAGAAGGAGAAGAAGCCUUUGUCAUUUUUUUCCGACCCCCCCCCAAAAAAAACCACGUAUCCCUGCCGCCGCCUCCACCACCACCACCUUGAGUGCGUUUGGCUCUCCUCCUCCCUCCCGUGUUGUGGUUUCGCUUCUCUCGCCAUGUCGGUGAAUAUGGAGGAGCUUCGGCAUCAAGUCAUGAUUAACCAGUUCGUGCUGGCUGCGGGCUGUGCGGCGGAUCAAGCGAAGCAGCUACUGCAAGCUGCACAUUGGCAAUUUGAGACGGCUUUGAGUGCAUUUUUUCAAGAAACCAACAUUCCCAACACCCAUCACCAUCAUCAAAUGAUGUGCACACCCAGCAAUACUCCAGCCACACCACCCAACUUCCCAGACGCUCUAGCAAUGUUUUCCAAGCUGCGGACUUCAGAGAAUCUCCAAAGCAGCAAUAGUCCCAUUACGUCCAUGGCGUGUUCUCCUCCAGGGAGCUUCAGCCCUUUCUGGGCCUCUUCGCCUCCCAACCACCAACCUGCCUGGAUCCCUCCUUCAUCACCCACCAGUCACAAUCUCCACCAUCAUCUUCAUCAUCAGCAGCCCAUGUGGCCUCCUGUGUCUCAGCCAGCGCCCCCCCAGCAGAAAGCCAUGGCAGCAAUGGAUGGCCAGAGAUAAGACUUGACAUUUUUGGAAUGGGAAAGAAGAUGGGGCAAAGGGGGAAGAGGAUAUGGCAAAUCUGAGGCAUGGGAAAUGGGAGGGGGGGCUUUUUCUUUUUCUUUGAAGAUCGCACUGGAAUAUUUUAUAGGUUUUUUUUAAAUUGAUGAAAUGUCAUCAGUUAUCCCCAUGAUCCUUUUCUUCUUUUUCUUCUUUUCUUCCCCUAUCCGCUCUUCAGGAGAGUUAAUAACUGGUCUCUUCUCUUUUUUAAAAAGAAAAAAUAUAUAUAACUAUAAUAUAUAAAUAUAUAAAUAUAUCUAAUGUAUAUAUACAUCACAAAUGAAAGCAACGGAAUUGCAAAAAUCCAGGUGGUAUUCUAAGAACGCUGCUUGGAAAGAGAGGCAGCUGCUUUGAAAACAGGAUAAAGGCGCCUCCCUUGAAACAUGUAGGUGGGCGGGGGCCCUCAAAAAUCGGGGCAGGGGCCCUCAAAAAUCAGGGCGGGGCUCUUGUUUUUUGUUAUCCUCUUCUUUUCCCAUUGGUUCCCCGGGAUGUGGCAAUACCUGUAGCAGCUAGAGGGUUGAGGGGCCUUGGGAAAAGAGUCAUUGAAGGAAGCCACGUGCCCAAAAUUGUAGCUGCCCUUGUCCUUAUGAGACCAGGGCUGGAAGAGGUUGCAGCUGAGACAUGGGCAUUUUAAGAGGCCUAUUCCGUAGAGGAUUAUCUGCUGAAAGAAUCCAGCCUCCCUUCUCCAUCAAAGUGGGGGCGAUUUUUGAUGUUGUUGUUAAUUUUAUGCUGCAGAGGCUGCUCCACAGAGUUUUCCUGUAGGCCACAGGAGAAUCUGAAAAUAAAUAAAUAAUGCAAAAUGCCUCUGCUGUUAGACACUUUGAGGACUUUUUUCUUCAAACAGCAUGUUGAGUUUGGCCCACAACUUUGUGUACACAUAAGAAGUUGUUUUUUGCUCUCUCAUGUCUCGGGCAUAUAUGUGCACUCU